AUGGGUGCUGAAUUGAGUGUAAUUGAUAAUAAAAAGCCUGCAAGUUUUCGGUCUUGCAAUGUUUCAGGUCAUGUUUUUAAGGGCUUAUUAUUGAAGGUUUUAUACAUUUAUUUGCAUGUGAAACUAUUAGCCUCUCAUCUUGUGCUUGUAAUAUGCUGGGUCAGUUAUAAGACGGACCUGCUGGAAAUUCAUGCCGAGCACCCGAAGUUUCAUAUUUUGUUUUUUCCUGGAAAUCCAGGUGUUGUCUCAUUUUAUGUUAGUUAUGUGGAAUCACUCUAUGAUCUGCUGGGUGGAACUGCAUCUGUGACAGCAAUCUCGCACACUGGCCAUACGGAAAAGAGUGGGGAGCAUGGAAAGCUGUUCUCACUGCAAGAACAAACAGAUCACAAGAUGAACUUCAUAGAGCAUGAGCUUCAAGAUGCUGAAGUUCCUAUAGUACUGAUUGGUCAUUCUAUGGGCUCAUACAUAGCUCUGGAGAUUUUUAAGAGACUUCAAGGAAAGGUGACAUACUGCAUUUUCUUGUAUCCAUUUAUGGCUGUAAACACCAAGUCUUCGACACAAGCUGUUAUUAAGAAGAUUUCAGGAUCCCGCACUUUACGUACGGGCCUUAGUUCAAUUGGAGCAAUUCUGGGACUGUUACCAGCCCGGAUCUCCAGGCUUCUGGUGAAAAUCUCUGUGGGAAAAUCCUGGUGCCCGUCUGCAGUGGAGGCUCUCUGUACACAUGUCCUCAGGUACCAUACCGUUCAGAACAUGCUAUACAUGGCAAUGACCGAAUUUGAAGAGCUUUGUGAGGGACCUGAUUGGUCAUUUAUGAGGGAAAAGGAAAGUCAGAUGGCAUUUCUAUUUGGCAGCGAUGAUCACUGGGGUCCCUUACAUUUGUAUGAAGAGAUCUCCAAUAAGGUACCAGGUGCUGUUCUAGCAUUAGGAGGGGAUUAUCCUCAUGCAUUUUCUUGCACUGAUGCUGGCUCAUUAUGGGUCGCUCAGCAUGUUUCUAACUUGAUCAAGAAUUAUUUCUCAAGUCAGAAACAUUGA